AGUCUCCAGCUUCCGGCGCGCGGUCCUUGCGGAGAGGGCCAUGGCGGUUCCCGCCGCUGUCCUGGGGCCCUCUGCCCUCAGCCAGAGCGGCCCCGGGUCGAUGGCGCCCUGGUGCUCCGUGAGCAGUGGCCCGUCUCGUUAUGUGCUCGGGAUGCAGGAGUUGUUCCGAGGCCACAGCAAGACUCGUGAGUUCCCGGCGCACAGUGCCAAGGUGCACUCGGUGGCCUGGAGCUGCGACGGUCGUCGCUUGGCCUCGGGAUCUUUCGACAAGACUGCCAGCGUGUUCUUGCUGGAGAAGGACCGGCUGGUCAAGGAAAACAACUACCGUGGACAUGGGGAUAGCGUGGACCAGCUCUGCUGGCAUCCAAGCAACCCUGACCUUUUUGUCACCGCAUCUGGAGAUAAAACCAUUCGCAUCUGGGAUGUGAGGACUACAAAAUGCAUCGCCACUGUGAACACGAAAGGGGAGAACAUUAACAUCUGCUGGAGUCCCGACGGGCAGACCAUUGCAGUGGGCAACAAGGACGAUGUCGUGACCUUUAUUGACGCCAAGACGCACCGUUCCAAAGCGGAGGAGCAGUUCAAGUUUGAGGUCAAUGAGAUCUCGUGGAACAACGACAACAACAUGUUCUUCCUGACCAACGGCAACGGCUGUAUCAACAUCCUCAGCUACCCAGAACUGAAGCCUGUGCAGUCCAUCAAUGCCCACCCUUCUAACUGCAUCUGUAUCAAGUUUGACCCCAUGGGGAAAUACUUUGCCACAGGAAGUGCGGAUGCCUUGGUCAGCCUCUGGGACGUUGACGAGCUAGUGUGCGUGCGGUGCUUUUCCAGACUAGAUUGGCCUGUGAGGACCCUCAGCUUUAGCCAUGAUGGGAAAAUGCUGGCGUCGGCUUCGGAGGACCAUUUCAUUGACAUAGCUGAAGUAGAGACAGGAGACAAGCUGUGGGAGGUGCAGUGUGAGUCCCCGACUUUCACCGUGGCUUGGCACCCCAAGAGGCCUCUGCUGGCUUUUGCCUGCGACGACAAAGAUGGCAAGUACGACAGCAGCCGGGAGGCCGGGACCGUGAAGCUCUUUGGGCUUCCCAAUGACUCCUGAGAGGACACAGCCACGAGGAAGAGGAUGCCGGGCGGACUGUUCGGGCUUCCUAAUGACUGGACCUGACGGGGAGAGGGGGCUGGGCGCAAACCUUCCUUUUGUAUAGUUCCGUGUGGUCUUUGGGCUUUGGGCAUCCUAAAUGUUUGUAAAUGGCACACAUUACAAAGACCCUUUGGUCAGGCUGUGGUACCGCAGGAUUGAACCAGCCUUGCACGUGGUGAGCAAGUGGCCCACUCAGCCCCAGCCCCGCCCCACUGCCUGGGUUUUUUUUUUUGUUUUUUGUUUUUUUUGGUGUAUUUUGUGUUAGGCAGUUAGCUAAUAAGGACUCUGCAAGUAUGGGUCAUAAUCUGUUGUUGAGGUUUCUCUAAAGGAAGAGAACUGGUAGAAUGUCUGUCUGUCUCUCUCUUGUCUCUGUGUGUCCAUACAUGGGAUUUUCUCAGAGUGGCUGACAGGCCGUGGUCUGGGUUGUCAUUCCAAUGAUGCUGCGGUCUCCUGACGGAAAGGCCAAGGAUCAGUAGCCGUUGAGACUCAUCUGAUGCGGAGUCCUGGGGAAUCCUAGAGAGCUGCUGAUCGUCGGUCAGUGUUGGAAUCCUGAAGAAGCGGGCUCUGUGGUUACCAGGGAAGGACUCCCUGAGCAGCAGGGUGGAUGGACCAGGCAGUGAGAGUGAGGGCAAACAGGCGGAAAGCCAAAGCCUUUUCUGUGACUUUUUAUACACUGCCACCAGCAUGUGUCCCAGGUUUCCGGUGGCUCUUCCUACCUCAGAUGAUCAAGAUUUCUCUCAGGUGUGCCCUGCUGGUUGGGUUUCAGUGAUUUCCAGACGCUGCAGUCAAGUUGACAGCCAAGAUUGCCCACCACAUGCCCAGCGUGGCAUGCCCUUUGGGAGUGCCCUGUGUUCUGGGUUUUAAUAUGGCAGUUUGUUGCUUAGGCAGUACCUACUUAGAGGGAGGGCAGCACAGGGAUGGGAUUUUUAAAAACAGCUUUGAGAACUGAGCAUUCAUUAAAGCCGGCUUUCGUUA